GGAGCUGUAGAGGCGGCCCGCGGAGGGAUUGUCCGCUCGCCUUCGGUGGUGCCGGGAGUUCCGAGAGACCCAGCGCGCCAGAGGAAGAGCGGGAGGAGAGGAGGCGGAGGAGGCGGAGGAAACGGCGCGGGGCGCCGAUGCGGGAGAAGCGCGGACGCCACCGCGGGGCAGCCCCGAGCUCGCGAUGAGCGGCUCAGCCGCCGCCGCCGCCGUGGUCGCCUUGCCCGGCGCCGGGGUGGUCCCGCUGGCUCCGGGCCCCGCCUCCGCUGCCUCCUCGCGGGCCCUGCAUGUGGAGCUACCGUCGCAGCAGCGUCGUCUUCGACAUCUCCGGAAUAUUGCUGCUCGGAACAUUGUUAAUAGGAAUGGCCACCGACUCCUUGAUACCUACUUCACACUUCACUUGUGCAAUAAUGAAAAGAUAUAUAAAGAAUUUUAUAGGAGCGAAGUGAUAAAGAAUUCUUUGAAUCCAACCUGGAGGAGUCUUGAUUUUGGAAUAAUGCCUGACCAUCUUGACACAUCAGUAUCCUGUUUUGUGGUAAGGAUCUGGGGUGGAAAGAAGGACCUCUGUCAGCUGCUGAUUGAGUGGAAAGUCUCUCUGGAUGGACUAAAAUACGUGGGUCAGCAGAUUCAUGCCCGCAACCAAAAUGAAAUAAUUUUUGGGCUAAAUGAUGGCUAUUAUGGAGCUCCAUUUGAGCACAAGGGUUGUUCAAAUGCCCAGAAGAGCAGUCUUCUCCAGGUAGAUCAGAACUGUGUUCGUAAUUCAUACGAUGUCUUCUCUCUGCUUCGGCUUCACAGAGCUCAGUGUGCAAUUAAACAGACUCAGGUGACUGUUCAGAAAAUCGGGAAGGAGAUUGAAGAAAAACUACGACUUACAUCCACAAGUAAUGAGUUGAAAAAGGAGAGUGAGUGCCUACAGCUGAAACUUUUGGUUCUUCGGAAUGAGCUGGAAAGACAAAAGAAAGCCCUGGGGAGGGAAGUGGCAUUACUACACAAGCAGCAAAUUACAUUACAGGACAAAGGAAGCACAUUUGAGACUGAACACCUCAAGCUGCAAUUGCACAAGGAAUCCUUAAGUGAGCUGAGAAAGGAGUGCACUGCCAAAAGAGAACUAUUUUUGAAGACUAAUGCGCAGUUGACAAUUCGAUGCAGGCAGUUGUUGUCUGAGCUUUCCUACAUUUACCCCAUUGAUUUGAAUGAGCAAAAGGAUUAUUUUGUAUGCGGUGUAAAGCUGCCUAAUUCUGAGGAUUUUCAAGCAAAAGAUGAUGGAAGCAUUGCUGUUGCUCUGGGAUACACAGCACAUUUGGUCUCCAUGAUUUCCUUCUUCCUUCAAGUGCCCCUCAGAUAUCCCAUAAUUCACAAGGGAUCCAGAUCAGCAAUCAAAGACAAUAUCAAUGACAAGUUGACUGAAAAGGAGAGAGAGUUUCCACUGUAUCCCAAAGGAGGAGAGAAGUUGCAGUUUGAUUAUGGUGUCUAUCUUCUAAAUAAAAAUAUAGCACAGCUGAGAUAUCAACAUGGGCUAGGGACUCCUGAUUUAAGACAGACUCUUCCUAACCUGAAAAAUUUCAUGGAGCAUGGGCUGAUGGUCAGAUGUGACAGACAUCACACCUCCAGUGCCAUUCCAGUUCCAAAGAGACAAAGUUCCAUAUUUGGGGGUGUAGAUGUUGGCUUCUCUACUGGGGUACCAUCACCACCAGACAAAGGUCAUCGUAAACGGGCCAGUUCAGAAAAUGAGAGACUCCAAUAUAAAACUCCUCCUCCCAGUUACAACUCAGCAUUAGCCCAACCUGUGGCCACCAUUAAGACUAUUGGAGAUUCCGAGAAAAAAAUGGCAUCUUUAUCAUCUUCCUUAGAUACCUCCUUGGACUUCUCCAAAGACAAUAAGAAAAAAGAAGCUGAUUUUGAUGAUCAUUUAAACAGGGGCCACGUGAAUGUGAACAGUAGCCAGGAGUCACAGGAGCUGCUCCUCGAGCAUCCUGGUGCAAUCAAUGGAACCCUCCUUCCCAGGGAGCACAACAGCACAGCCUGCAGUGAGCAGCUGGAGGAGCUCCCCGCCACCACCAGAGGGGCUGAGUUCCGUUGUGCCGUAGAGCAGGCUGAAGAGAUCAUUGGCACAGAGGCAAUGGGCUUGAGCUCAGGGGACCAGCUAGAAGCAUUUAACUGCAUCCCGGUGGAUAGGGCCGUGGCCGUAGAAUGCGAUGAGCAAGUGCUGGGGGAGUUUGAGGAGUUCUCCCGACGUAUCUAUGCACUGAAUGAAAACGUGUCCAGCUUCCGCCGGCCACGCAAGAGCUCAGACAAGUGAGUGUGGGUAGGGAGAAGUCAUUGACUGGACCAGAACAGGGUGAUUGAUCACAAAUGAAGAUGAAGUUGCACUUAUCCUUUGUAUUAAUUAUGGAGCAAAAUAAAACAGAUUGAGUCUAUUGGAAAGUGGACUUGGGGAAGUGAGCCAGGACACGGGGUCAGAUGUAUGAAUGGGCCAGGUAGACUUAUACUCUGUUUCCAUAUAUUUGCUUUUCAAACCUUACAGUUGGUUCUAGGUCAAUAGUCAUUCUUUAACUUGAAAAAGCUUCUGUCUAGUUCAGGCCAUGUUAUAGGUAUUCAUCUGCUUCUGUUAUAUACAAUUUUGUUUUAUCCUUGGAUGGAAGAUGAUAAUAUAUAAAUCAUAAAAUGAAUGAAUGUAUCUUUUAUUGUUUGUCACUGUUUAUCACAAGUAACACUCUCAGUAUGGUUCAAAAGCUGAAUCUCUAGGACCAGGUUUUCCCUGCUCCCUGGAAGGACCUUGGCCCUUUGUGUGGUUGAGGAUUAAGCUUGGGGAGUUUCUCAAGCACAGGUGCACCACCCCAACAACUUAGUAUCUCCCUGGGCUUCUGUCACCCCAGUCUUAUCACAUGUCCAGUUGCCUAAGUAAGAAACUUGAGUAUGUCCUCUGUGCUGUCUUAACAAAUGGCCACAUCCUUUCUCCAUUUAAUACCAGCCUCUUUAGACAUGGCCCUCAACUAUUUGAUUUUUUUUUUUUAAUAACAGUUGGAUUUUCUAGAAUACUGAUUAAUCAACAGAGGAUUCCAAGUAUCCUAUAGAUUUCAUGAUGCAAUCCCAUUCUUGGGCUAUAGCUCUAAUACAUAUAUAGUUGAAUGUUGGGAAACCAAAAGCCAGGCAUGCUUUUAAGAAAUUCACACAGCAGGCCAACCCCCUAGAUUUGGACUCCAUGUUAACUUAUUGAAUUUAUAGUCAGAAGUAAAAACAAACCUGCCAAGUACUGUAUACAAUUAAAUAGAUGUGGCUUGCCCAGCCCUAUGAAUCUGAACAUUGGGAAUAGCUGGAUCGUGUCAAGAGAUGAGGGAAAAUAAGACACAGUUCUCUCCAUUUAAUUUAAUCACUCGCCAUUUUCAAAGCUCAGAUUCCAUCCCUGUUGCUGCCUGUGCCAUAUACUCAGGAAUGUAGUGCCAGGGUUACAAGCUCUUUAAAGAGAAUGUAGUCAUCUUGCUAUAUAUGUUACCCAAAUAAAUAACAAUUGAGUUUUCUUCCCCACGACCUGAUUUUUCUUUCCGGGUCUGAAUUUCCUCUUCAGACAUGUAUUACCUACCAUGUGGCACAUCCCCCUAAUGCCAGGCCAAAGGAAGCUGUGAAUAUGUACAAUAUAAUCUUAUUCCUUAACUCUGUCAGAGUUCUUAGGCCAUAUAGAAUAGCACAUACAGUAUGUGCUGCUUAGGAGCUGCAUUUUCCCCACGUAACAUCUUAGGCAUUAACAGGGCCUGAAAUCCUCUUCAUAUUUUGUCUGGCUCUGCUGAGCUUCCUUUGGAUUUAUAGAUCCAUUAGACUAGAGUAUCUCACCACCAGUCAUUAUUUUCCAUGUAUCUUAUCUCUCACACACACACAUACACACAGCUGUCUUGCAGUAUUAGGCAGAGCAGAUGCACAGAAAUUUUAAAAGACUCCUAGGAAAAAGCUUUAACUUCAUUUGAAGAAAUCUCAUGUAUUCCAAAUGAGCUGCUCCGUCCCCUUGGGGCCUAGGGCAGAAGCCCCUUCAGUGUCCCCUGCAGGGUGCUUUCAGAGGAUACUACAUCUUUGUUGGCUAGACUCACCCAGCAGCCUCUGGAGGAGUCACAACAGUCCUCCACCUGAGGAGACAGCAACCAAAAUCCAGGACCAUUGUCUCCGAGGAGAGAACAAAAUGCACACACUACACCAACUUCCCAAACCUGGCAGUCAGUCUUUGAAGUCAGUGCCAAACCCAAAGAGGAGCUGCGUACUGUGUGAUCCUGGGAGGCCCUCCCCUCAGGCCCCUGGCACCACCAAGCCACUGGUCCCGAUGACGAGAACAGGACGCAGAGAACAAGCAUUCGUGGGCAUUAAUCUCAGGUUCCACUCAACCAAAUGAAGCCCAAGUCGCCGUCUUCCCCCUGUGCUCGUCCUCCUUGUAGCUAUUUGCUGUUUAACCUGCUGAUUUUGAUCUGCGCCAUAUGGAGCACUAGUGUUCAGGAGCACCAGGUCACAGUGGAACUGGCCCUGAUGGUCAUAUUUGCUUGGUUCAUGCCUUUUCCAAUAAUGUACACCUUACCGAAUAUAGCUUGAGUUUCUUUGCAGUGUCAAUUACAUUUUCCCUAUAACUAGAGUAUUUCAGUGUCUCGGUGAACAGAUUUGAGUUCAUUUUUCAUUGCUGUAAACGUAGUUUUUCCAGUGCUUUAAAUGGCCAGGGCCCAAACACUGAUGAGUUCCCAGCUUUUAGUUUUUCUUUUCAAAUUUGUCUUGUAAAAAUUACCAAAAAAUUUAGACUGCUUGGGCAGGGGGAGGGGAGAGCGAUUGAGGAGGUAAUGUGGGAAUUUGGGCGGAAACUAUCACGUCACUGUCCAUUUUGAAGCUGUCAAGAACCUCACUAAUUUCCAUGAAGAUUAGAACAGUUUGUGAAUGUUUUCAAAUCAGUACUUGGUGGUACUCCACUCCUCCCCCAACCCUUGAAAUUCUGGAGGCAUUUUUUUUAAGAAUAUUAGUUUUGGAAGACUGUAUCCAGCUAUAUUUUUAUAGCAAUCCUAACAAUGUCUAUUUAUCCUGACCUAACCAAUUAUUUAAAUAAUUUUCAAAAUCACCACCAAUAAUAAAUGGCAUGCGGGAAACUUAUCUGCUGGUAAUUGGGAGAAAAUUCAGCAUCUGUAUUUAUAAAAUAAAUUUGAUUAGUAUUUA